AUGAUUCUGAGGAAAACAUCUUUGGAUGAGGAACAAGAACCUCCUUGUCGCUCAGUUGGACGGCCACGGGUGCCAUUUGAAGAGGCAUCGAAGAAACAAAACGAAGACGUGCGGAUCAAGUUUUUAUUUAAAAAGGAAAAUGCUGAUUUAGUGCGGAAUACGGAAAAGGAAAUAAUAACAAAAAUUGAAAAUUUGAUUCCUAUUGAGAUUAAAACAAAAGAACACUCUUAUAUAAUUGAAGUUGAUAUGAUGUUAACAAUGUUGGACGGCAGUGUUGGAAACUUUCUAUCAGAGACAAAUUCAACUAUGAAGUGCAUCAUUUGCGGAGCCACACCCAAGGACAUGAACACGUGA